CACGGGGCUCCCAACUGGAUGAUACUGAAUUGAGUGUUAAAAUAUCAGAGGAGAAGCUUUGGUCAACAGCUAAGACCAUCUGCGUCAGUAUGAAGAACACACUUAAGGAUUUCUUCACAGGGCUGAAGCCACCCGGAUCCGAAAGGACAGAAAAUGCUUCUUCCAAAGAGACCCUUGGGGAAAUCCUGGUUGCUAUCCAGAAUGAAAUCUCAAACUUAGGGCGAAUGAAGGAUUCCAGGGAGCUCCUUCAGAUCAAUGAUAUGGUAGGAACUAUACUGAAGGAGGUUGAGAAAAGUGAGGAUGACAGUGAACAAGUCUGCCAAGACAUCCCUAGAACCUGUUCAUCUUUGUCCACUUCUUUAAAUGGUCGUAGUUCCUUGUCCAGCUCUUCAAAGAGUCCUAGGUCAGAGUGUGAGUUAGAGAUCAACCUCCCUGGCACUCCCAUCCCUGACGAAGUGCCUUUUGAUCUGACCUGCCCCAUCGUCAGGAGCUCCUGCAUCGACACCAGGGUCUCUAAAAUGCCAGAGAUUUCUUCAAGUGACCUAAAGACAAAGAUGAUGGCACACACAGAUGAACCCCUGCAUCGUAACAGUCCAAUGACUGACCGCAGUCGACCGCCGAGUGCUAAAGCCUCUUUUCGAUCCUCCACUCCGUCUUUCACCAACAAGGGAACCUCUUUGGUACCAAAGGGAGAUGGGAUUGACAUUGAAGAGAAGGAGGUGUGCAUCCCCAGCAGCUCUGGCCAUCUGAGGGAGCUCUUAAUCACCCCGGACAUCAGCAGUGCCACUGCAUUCCCACUGCAGUACUUGAUGGACUCCAGCAAAGAUGAUGGCAUCUGUUUUGUCACCAUACUGGUGAUAAGGUUGCUAUCGGAGAUCAGACCCUCAGCCCUAGAUGGACCCUCCCAACAGGCAGCAGAUCUGACAGAAACAUGUCAGCAACUCAUCAGACAAGUCCUGUCUGAGUUCUGUGCUGCAUCCAGAUUCUCCAGGACAAAGGCAUAUUCCCAGAACCUGAACAUCCAAAGGGUGUUCAGAGGUGUACAUAAAAACCUCAUGGAGGAGUUUGGCUCUUAUAACAUCCUGCAAGCAGCUCUUUCCUCCCAGGACCCUGCAUUUGACAGAGUCCUGGUAAAGUCCUUGACCCAGCAGCUGGUACAGGGAUGCAAGGAGGCGUCAAGACCAGCUUCUGCUGCAACAAACCCAUCAGACCAGGCUGAGACAGAGAGGGGGGCUGAGCAGAAAGCAAGAAGGAGCUUCCUUUGCUUUUCAAUGACCAAACUCAGGAUCAACUUCAAGCGUUCCAAGAGAGGAAACAAAAAGGACUGCCAUUCAGUCCAGGAACAGACUGAGAUUCCCUCUACUGAUGGACAUUGCAUAGCUCCUGUUGGAGAGGUUUCUCCCUCCAUAUCUCAGCCUGUCAAAAAACGAUCCUUGAUUGUCAGGGUCUUUUCAGCAAUGAUGAAGCCAUUCAGGCGCUUCACCAAGAAGAACCUGUAACCUCUUACGCUGCAGUUAGAACUACUUUUGUAACAGCAAUACUUUUGACAAGAGGCAUUUCUGCAUGUCUACCCUUUCAAAGUCUAUUUGAUCAAAUAAAUGUUAAUUAUUUUACAAGAAUUUCAAGUGUUUUGGAAGAUUGGUAAAACUGAAGCAGCUUUUCUCAGAGAAAUGCACUAGUUCCCCCUUGGUUACACAUUUAUUGUGCCGUUUUUCAGUUGGCAGGACUUGGGGCAGCAGGUAGCCUUGUGGUUAGAACGUUGGGUUAGAGUGUUACUCCAGCCUCAGUCAUUGAGCAGCUUUCGAGUGAAGUGUUUCAGAAGAAGGCAACCAACAAAGUCAGAAAAAUACUGAUCAAAUCUGUCAAUCUCUUCCCCGGCGAAGUCGGUUCAAGCCAGACAGAUUCUCAUAUGUCGCCAGCAUUAUCCACCAUUUCCUCAAAGCAUACAGAUUCAGUUGCUAUUGAAAUUAUUGGAUCAAUUGCAAAUGAUAUGAAGAGCAUUGUCCUGCUCACAGAGUCU